CCCAGUGACGUUGAGUGGAGUGGCGCACGCAUAUAAAUUUAUUGAGCGUGAUCCCCGCCAUUUUAUUAUUUCAAGAAAAGAAACCGUCAAUCGCGCACGUUUGCUAAGCGUUCAUCUACUAGUUAAGUCUACGACUGAAGUUAUAGUUAAAUUUAUACAAAAUGGCCAAGGCACCAGCGGUAGGAAUCGAUUUGGGCACCACGUACUCGUGCGUGGGUGUGUUCCAACAUGGAAAGGUGGAAAUUAUCGCCAACGACCAGGGCAACAGGACUACGCCCUCGUACGUCGCCUUCACCGACACCGAGCGUCUCAUCGGAGAUGCCGCCAAGAACCAGGUGGCGAUGAACCCCAACAAUACUAUUUUCGAUGCCAAAAGACUCAUCGGCCGCAAGUUUGAAGAUGCCACAGUACAGUCCGACAUGAAGCACUGGCCCUUCGACGUUGUCAGUGAUGGUGGCAAGCCAAAGAUUCAAGUCAGCUACAAGGGUGAAAACAAGACCUUCUUCCCCGAGGAGGUGAGCUCGAUGGUGCUCACCAAGAUGAAGGAAACGGCCGAGGCAUACCUUGGCAAAACGGUGCAGAAUGCAGUAAUCACGGUUCCGGCGUACUUCAACGACUCACAAAGACAGGCCACAAAAGAUGCGGGUACCAUCUCUGGCCUGAACGUACUCCGAAUCAUCAACGAACCGACUGCUGCUGCGAUUGCGUACGGAUUAGACAAGAAGGGCGGCGGCGAACGCAACGUCCUUAUCUUCGAUCUGGGCGGCGGCACCUUCGACGUGUCCAUCCUGACCAUCGAGGAUGGUAUCUUUGAAGUGAAGUCCACCGCAGGAGACACUCACUUGGGUGGAGAGGACUUUGACAACCGCAUGGUCACCCACUUUGUACAGGAGUUCAAGAGGAAGUACAAGAAGGACCUCACUACCAACAAGAGGGCGCUCCGUCGUCUGCGCACCGCCUGCGAGCGCGCGAAGCGAACCCUCUCUUCCUCCACCCAAGCUAGCAUCGAAAUCGACUCCCUGUUCGAGGGUAUCGAUUUCUACACCUCGAUCACCCGCGCUCGCUUCGAGGAGCUGAACGCGGACCUGUUCCGUUCCACCAUGGAGCCCGUAGAGAAGUCUCUGCGCGACGCCAAGAUGGACAAGGCCCAGAUCCACGACAUCGUCCUGGUGGGAGGCUCCACCCGUAUCCCCAAGGUCCAGAAGCUGCUUCAGGACUUCUUCAACGGCAAGGAGCUCAACAAGUCCAUCAACCCCGACGAGGCCGUGGCCUACGGCGCCGCCGUCCAGGCCGCCAUCCUCCACGGAGACAAGUCCGAGGAGGUGCAGGACCUGCUGCUGCUCGACGUCACCCCGCUGUCCCUCGGUAUAGAGACCGCCGGAGGCGUCAUGACCACCCUCAUCAAGCGCAACACCACCAUCCCCACCAAGCAGACCCAGACCUUCACCACCUACUCUGACAACCAGCCCGGUGUGCUCAUCCAAGUAUUCGAGGGUGAGCGUGCCAUGACCAAGGACAACAACCUGCUCGGAAAGUUCGAGCUGACCGGCAUCCCCCCCGCGCCCCGCGGCGUCCCUCAAAUCGAGGUGACCUUCGACAUCGACGCCAACGGCAUCCUCAACGUGUCCGCCGUCGAGAAGUCCACCAACAAGGAAAACAAGAUCACCAUCACCAACGACAAGGGCCGCCUGUCCAAGGAGGAGAUCGAGCGCAUGGUGAACGAGGCCGAGCGCUACCGCAGCGAGGACGACAAGCAGAAGGAGACCAUCCAGGCCAAGAACGCCCUGGAGUCGUACUGCUUCAACAUGAAGUCCACCAUGGAGGACGAGAAGCUCAAGGAGAAGCUGGCCGACUCCGACAAGCAGAUCAUCCUCGACAAAUGCAACGACACCAUCAAAUGGCUGGACUCCAACCAGCUCGCCGACAAGGAGGAGUACGAGCACAAGCAGAAGGAGCUUGAGGGUGUGUGCAACCCGAUCAUCACCAAGCUGUACCAGGGUGCCGGUGGCGCUCCUGGCGGUAUGCCCGGCGGCAUGCCCGGGUUCCCCGGCGGAGCCCCGGGCGCCGGCGGCGCUGCCCCUGGAGGCGCCGGCCCCACCAUCGAGGAGGUCGACUAAACAUUCCAUACGCAAUACCAUCCGUGCUAAUUGAAGUCGAAUAAACGAUUGAAAA